AUGGAAGCUUCAUCUCCUUUAGCGGCGCUGCAUCGCCCGAUGCUCCCUACCUGGGGUAGCCGAGAUGUCUUUCGUGGACUCCCACACUAUGCUACAUCAUCUGUCACAUCAGCCAGCAUGAGCCUACGCGAACAGAUGCACAAGCAUUCUAACGGCGACUACUUCAACGUCAAGGACGUACGGGGUUCCUCACCUGCUGCGAGUCUGGCUGCUGAUCUCUCUCAGAACUUCCGUCUUGACAGCGACUCAAGUCCCAAAUUCCCUACUCCUAGAAGAGCACUCUUCACUGCCGGCAUGAUGGGCAGCAUGGGAGGCCGAGAUUCAGUCACGACCCCCCCACUUCCAUCAUCAUCGCCCGCUCCCUUGGCAGAGCUCAAGGAACUAAUGGAGAUUUCACCUCUACCUCACAAGACACCUUUCUUUACGCAGUUCGAGAUAACUUCUCCAACUCCGGGGUCGACUCCAGCCGCUGACGACGAAAUGAGCCUUGACUCACCGGCCCCUAUCUCCCGGCAGUCUUCCUUGGAACCGCCCAAGCCCAUCAUGGCUGAAAACCGUAGAAUAGCUGUGCCACGACGACCAUCCCUAACACGGAUGAAGGGUUUCAGUACAUCGGCUGUGCCUAGUCGUCAGACUGACGCAGACCUGCCCCCAUUCCGCUUUGGUGCUGGCACUCGCCUGAACCACACCAGUUCCAACCUGUCCCUAAGCGAAUGCUUCGAGUCGACAUCACCACCUCAAGAGCGCAGGCCCGUAUCUGCCAACAGCCCCUGCCCUGGCCUAUCUGUCAGCCGGACUAGACCCCAAUUUCUCAACUUUAACGCAUGCUCCCGUAGCAGCAGCAGCAAUGGCUCUCCUUCUAUGAACUCACAUGCCCGCCGACAUGCCAACCCCUUUCUCAGAAACCGAAAGCAGUUCCGUCGGUCAUUGAGCAUGUUUGAGCACCCAGCUGACGUCAUGAAGAGCAACUCAGAUGGAGAGGAGACUACCUCUCCCGCGCUUCAAUCGGUUAUGGAUGUGGAGGAGGCUCAAGAGCCCGUUCUCCCCCAUUACCUCACUGAAGACCCCACCGAUACCAUUCCUCGUAUCUCUCGAGAGACCCUCGUAGACGUCUUGGACGGCAAGUACAGCUCCCACUUCGAUCAGAAGAUUGUGAUCGAUUGCCGCUUUGAGUACGAGUAUGAGGGUGGCCACAUUGAUGGCGCUGUCAACUACAAUGACAAGGAUCUGCUCACAAACCAGCUCUUCCAGACUCCAAUGGACGGACGAACUCUACUCAUCUUCCACUGCGAGUACUCAGCUCACCGUGCUCCCCUUAUGGCUCGCCAUGUCCGAUCCGAGGACCGCACCGUGAAUGCUGAGUUCUACCCCAAGCUCACAUAUCCUGAAGUGUACAUCCUAGAUGGCGGAUACUCUGGUUUCUUCACUGAGCACCGGGGCCGUUGCUAUCCCCAAGAAUACGUUGAGAUGUCAGACGAGGCUCACCAGCGCACUUGUGAACGUGAGAUGGGUCGACUGAAGUCUCGAAAGGGUCUCAACCGUGCCGCCACCUUUGCCUUUGGUCAACGUGAGCCUUGUGUUGACGAGUCACCUACUGCUCCCAGCAGGCCUCAAUCUCGAAAUCUAUCUGCACCUAUUUCACUUCUUGGUGCCUCUCCUAUCAUCGGCGAUCGAUCACAUGCUCGUCGUAUGGCCUCUUACUAG